AUGACAUCAAUGCACACAAAUGUAGAAGAAGAUAUAGAAGAACCACACAAUGACGUUUAUGUUGCAUCACACUUCACCUCGAAGAAAGAAAUGGUACUCUUAGCCACUGCUUUGAUUCCUGUAAAGAGCAACAAUGGAACUACAACAUUACUGAGAGCACUGAUCGAUCCAGGAUCUCAAGCAUCAUUUAUAAGCGAGAGAGCCACACAAAUAUUGAAGCUUAAGAGAACUCCAUCAUAUGGUAAUGUCACAGGAGUUGGCUCAACACAAACAACAAUAAGUCACGCAGUACAACUACAAAUAUUAUCAAGACACAAUCAAGAGUUUUGCCUAGACAUCAAUGCGUACGUGCUAUCGACGCAACUAACCAGCAAGUUACCUAGCAAAUCCUUGACGAAGAAACAAUGGCCUCAUCUAGAGAAACUCAACCUGGCUGAUCCGAACUACCACACACCAGGUCACAUUGAUAUGCUUCUAGGAGUUGAAGUGUAUCAAGAGAUAGUGAAGAAUAACUUGGUCAAAGGCCCACCAGGAACACCAACUGCUCAAGAGACAGAUCUGGGCUGGAUACUAUUUGGAAGUAUAAAUGAUGAAAGCUCAACUGAAAACACCAUCAUUGUCAUGCAUCACAACGUAAAUGUAGACAAUAUGCUAAGAAGCAUGUGGGAGAUAGAUAUGACACACAAACGCAAUCUCACUGCUGAAGAAAGAAAAUGUGAAGACAUAUAUACAAAUACACAAACAAGAACUAAAGACGGACGCUAUGUUGUAAAGUUACCAUUCAAACAUGAAGAGCCACUAACACAAAUUGGAGAAACUAAGAGCAUAGCAGAGAAGAUAUUUCAUCAACUAGAAAGAAGAUUUGAACAAAAUACAAAGUUAAAACAAGACUAUACACAAGUGAUUGAAGAAUACAUAACAUUAAAUCAUAUGGAAGAGGUACCUGAAAAGGAAAAGAAUGACUCGGCAGUAUACUUACCUCACCAUGCAGUAGUAAGAGAAGAUAAAGAAACCACAAAGACGAGAGUUGUAUUUAAUGCAUCAUGUAAGGGUUCCAACAAUGCAUCACUGAACGAUCAGCUUCUAGUAGGACCAUAA